AAAACACCUGUUGGAAAGCAUCUUUUGUAGCGAUUUUUGUGUGAGCAUACCACUCUGACCCUGACCACUCGGUGUUGUGUAGCGUUCUCUCCGGCCUCCAGAUGUUCCUCUACUUGAGCGGUUUCCUGUGGAUGCACCUGGACACGCUGCUCCUCCUCCUGUCAAUCAUGAAGCUCAAGAAGCUCAAGAAGCCCCAGGGGGAGGGGCCAAACUGUGGCCUCUUGUCUCUGAUUGGCUACAUGCUUCCACUGAUGAUAGUGGUUGUGGUUGUUGGAGUGAUGCCAGCCGGAUAUGGCACUGAAUGGUGUGGCGUGCGGAAACGUGACGGCUUAUCCUGGAGUCUGCUGGGGCCUGCUUACUUCACCUUCACUGUUAACCUGAUUUUAUUGCUCAUCGCCUUCAUCAGCCUCUGCCUGCUGUCUUCAAAUGAAUCCCCUCUUAAGGAGGAGAUCAGAAAUGUCAGGUGCCAAGCCGUGCGUGUGUUGGUCCAGUCUGUGGUCAUCACGUCCCCCUGGGUCCUGGGCUUCUUCCACAUGGGCUAUGGCAGUGCUCUGGACCUCGUCUUCCUCAUCCUCAUCUCACAGCAGGGAACCUUCAUCUUCCUCAUUCACUGUGUCUUAAAUCCCGAGGUGCAGUCACGCUGGAAGAGAUUGUUUCCAAAAUUAGCAUCCAUAUCACCGACACCAUUAAACAACAUGUAAUGAUCCUUUUUCUUCAACAUGAAAAUAUUGAGUCUACAAUCAAAUUCUAUUGUAUCUAUUUUAGAUUACUAAAGUAUGGAACAUGGGACAUAUGCAUUUGCAUUCAAAGCAGAGUUAUUAUAGUUUUGACAUUUUCAAUAGUUUUUAUUUUUAUUUAGUAUUUCAGUCUGGUUUUUGAUUUCAGAUUAGUUUUGUUAGUUUUACAAGCAAAAUGAUUACUAAGUUUAGUUUCAGUUUUGCAUAAUGUUCUAGUUUUA